GGGAACGCUGACUCUGGAGGCUGCUGGGAUUAGGGUGGGGGUGCCUGAGAAGCAGUCCUUCUGUACCAGCAAAGAGCUCCCGGGUGAGGAGAGGAAGGAGAGACAUGGAACUGGGCCGGUCUGCGGGGAAACGCGACAGUCUUGGUAGAGGGACAGUAUCUUGGUAAUGUCCAGGGCUCCAGGAAGAGAUGUCCUUGUGGUUGGAGGCUCCAGGACCUGGUGUUUGUCCUGACUCGGCAACGGAAUUGUGGAAGGCAGAAACCCAAGAUGCAAGAGCCCAGGGAGGGAGCGGCUGCAUCGCCAGGGAGGAAGCUAGGAUGGCCCAGUCUGCCGGAAGUGCUGUGAGGAUGGGGUUGGAGGCAGCAGAGCCCACAGCCCUGCUCCCCAGAGCCGAGACCUUUACAGAACCCACAGAGCUUCGUCCACCAAAGCGGAAAAAGGGGCCAGCCCCCAAAAUGCUGGGGAACGAGCUGUGCAGUGUAUGUGGGGACAAGGCCUCUGGCUUCCAUUACAACGUGCUGAGCUGCGAGGGCUGCAAGGGAUUCUUCCGCCGCAGUGUCAUCAAGGGCGCGCGCUAUGCUUGCCACAGCGGUGGCCACUGCCCCAUGGACACCUACAUGCGGAGGAAAUGCCAGGAGUGUCGGCUGCGCAAAUGCCUCCAGGCUGGCAUGCGGGAGGAGUGUGUCUUGUCAGAAGAACAGAUCCGCUUGAAGAAACUGAAGCGGCAAGAAGAAGAGCAGACUCAAGCCACGUCAGUGUCCCCCCGGGUUUCCUCAGCUCCCCAGGUCCUGCCACAGCUCAGCCCGGAGCAACUGGGCAUGAUUGAGAAGCUGGUCGCUGCCCAGCAACAGUGUAACAGACGCUCCUUUUCUGACCGACUGCGAGUCACGCCUUGGCCCAUCGCACCUGACCCUCAGAGCCGGGAAGCCCGACAACAGCGCUUUGCCCAUUUCACUGAGCUGGCCAUCGUGUCCGUGCAGGAGAUCGUUGACUUUGCCAAACAGCUCCCUGGCUUCCUGCAGCUCAGCAGGGAGGACCAGAUCGCCUUGCUGAAGACCUCCGCGAUUGAGGUGAUGCUUCUGGAGACGUCACGGAGGUACAACCCUGGGAGCGAGAGCAUCACCUUCCUCAAGGACUUCAGUUACAACCGGGAAGACUUUGCCAAAGCAGGGCUUCAGGUGGAGUUCAUCAAUCCCAUCUUUGAGUUCUCCAGAGCCAUGAACGAACUGCAGCUCAACGAUGCCGAGUUUGCCUUGCUCAUCGCCAUCAGCAUCUUCUCUGCAGACCGGCCCAACGUGCAGGACCAGCUCCAGGUAGAGAGGCUGCAACACACAUAUGUGGAGGCCCUGCAUGCCUAUGUCUCCAUCAACCACCCGGACGACCGACUGAUGUUCCCACGGAUGCUAAUGAAGUUGGUGAGCCUCCGGACAUUGAGCAGCGUCCAUUCAGAGCAAGUGUUUGCGCUUCGCCUGCAGGACAAAAAGCUUCCCCCGCUGCUGUCUGAGAUCUGGGAUGUCCACGAAUGACCGCGGUUCUUCCUCCAUGUCCUCUGGGCUUUGGGACACACGACUGAGGCUUACGGACUGCUUCCUAGAGGUGGAGCAGACUGAGAAGGGCAAACAUUCCUGGGAGCUGGGCGAAGGAGAUCCUUGCAUGGCAUUAAAGGAGCGUCAAAGGGCUGGGUGUUCUGUGGCUGCUGGGCAGUUGGGGACCUACUAACGUAGUGCACAUCUGAAGCCCUUAUUGACCCAACCAAAUAAACUAGCCAGGAAGGCCACUUUG